GGGGCGAAUGCCAAAAACGCUCUUUUGGCCUCAGUCCUCUUCCUACCCCGACGGCCCCCACAUCUCCUCUCUCUCGACCCCCGACUCCUCGACCAACUUCGAGCUUGCCCUCGCCCCGCCCUCGACCCCCACCACCAAUGGCGGAGCCACAGGGGGCGGCACCGCCGCAAUCGCCGUCGCCGACGCAGUCGCAGCCGACACCGACGACGCCGACGCCGCCGCAGCAGCAGCAGCAGCAGAGGGAGGAGAUGAUGGCGUGCGUGGCGGCGCUGGAGGCGGCGCUCCUCCCCUGCCUCCCCGCCCGCGAGCUCCAAGCCGUCGACCGCUCCGCCCAUUCCUCCCACCAGAUUGACGUCGAGAGACAUGCAAGAGAAUUUAUGGAAGCAGCGAAAAAGCUUCAGCUUUACUUCAUCGGUCUGCAACGCGAGGACCAACCAACCAGGGAAGAAAUGCUCCGAAAGGAGAUUUCGAUCAUGGAGGAAGAGCUGAAGACCAAAUCCGAGCUAAUAAUGAAGCACGAGAAAAUCAUUCAGGGAUGGAGGAAAGAUUUGAAGGAACAACUGGAUAGACAUAUCACAGAAUUGGAGAGGGUGUAAUUUUCUAGUUUAUUUUGUGUUCAAAUAAAAUCCUCGUGACUAUCUUACACAAAUUUCUUUUUGUUGUACCGAAUUUGGAGAAUCAAAUUGCGAAGAGAAUGCAGCUGUUGUUGAAAUAAUGCUAUGUUCAUGGGGACUCAUCUGAAGCCUUCUAAUGAAGCAUUACUUCCUUUACUCU